ACACAUACACAACGUAUACACAUGCACGCACACUCAAUAACACACACCCCCAAACUACUAUAGUCAUCGCUUCUCAUACUAAAUACGCUACAUGGUCACUCACGUUCAGAGCUGAAUGGUAGUGGAUGACAAACUUCUAAUGCAGUCUUUGGCUGCUUGGCAUUAUCAUUAAAGCUGAAGUGAAACUCGCAACCUGCAUUCUGUCGCGUUUGUUGAUUUUGAAUCGGAAAAACCAACCUGUUGUGAUUUAGCUAGUUCGGAAAUUCUUACGGACGAAAUCGUAAUUGAAUUUAUUCCACCUCCUAUUGUUAUUACCGAGCAACAGAGAAAAAAAGGAUGCAUCAUAUACAACAACUGUGUCUUUUAAUGACAAUUUGGUCAGCGAGUGUGGUGAUGGCCGAAAGCUUUAAACGGUCACUUACUGCCCGUCAUCAUCAUCAUCACCAUCAUCACCAACAUCAGCAACAACAGCAACAACAAAAUUUACCGGUUGUGUUCGCUGUCGCCGAUAGAAAAAAUGAAGUGAAACCCGAUCAUUACGAUGGAGUCCAAUUGUUGUCAGUGCAUGAGAAGGACCCUUUAUCCUCUGCUGACGGCCAAGAGAACAAAGAAGAGAAAGAUGAUAUCAUAACAAGUAGAAGCAGUUUAAAGAAGAACUUGUCCCCUAGUCAACCUGUUAGGGAGCUGAAGCACUCAGAUGGAAAUGAGCCAUCAGGCUUGUCUAGCUCCAAGUUGGAAAAUUCUAUAGAUUGUCCUAAUGGCUGUCAAAAAUUUCAUAUCUGUUUUGAGAAUGCACAAGGAAAUCAUUGUAUUGAGAAACCACAGUCUAAAGACAGUUUAACCUUUUUGAAACGUCUCCAAGCAACCAAUAACCUUCAGUUGAAUAGCUUGGCUGUUGAUGAAAGUCCACGAAGAAAUAACUUGCCAACUGAGAAGAAACUGGAGUUGUCUAGCAAUCAUGUGUUUCCUUAUUUCAAUACCAAUGAGGAGGGGAUGUCAUAUGAUGAUGAAAAUUCUCAAGAUGAACUUGAGUCUGAUAUGAUGAAGGAUGAUCUUAAUCAGACAAAUGAUUCUGAGGUAUACAGCAAUAACAAACCUCAGAAUGAUUCAAAAUCUGUAAUUUUGCCAGCGAGGGGUCACCAUACCAACUUGGUUAGCUAUUUUAUGUCACUUAGAAAAGGCAACAAAAUGCAUAAAAAACCACAUAAAAAUUAUGAAUGUGACCACGAACAGUUGGAAGAUAUCAUGAAACGUUUGACUGGAUGGUUUGUGCUUCUUCAUGCUAAAUUCAAAGAAAGCAGAAAGAAAACAGUUAAUGGUCCUGUUUAUCAGAUUCCAAGUUACAAUUUACAUCAUGCAGUUAACAAAACCAAGCACCAUUUUUCAGUGAAAAAGGAACUAAAUAGUUUCUACAAAUCACGUAAAUGUCAUUGUGUUCGUUCAAUUAUCUGGGAGUUCAAACGCUUGGAUUUUGAUGGUGACAAACAUAUAACCAAGAAAGAACUAUCUAAGAUUGAAAACAAUCAAAUGGAACCUUGUGUGGAGCCAUUUAUGGAUUCCUGUGACCGAAACCAUGAUUCCAAAUUGACCAGACAUGAAUGGUGUUGCUGUUUUGCUGCUGUGCGACCGCCAUGUUUUUCCCACUUGAGGAGACUCCGAUCUGAUGCUGUUAUGAAAUCAGCUACAUUUAUCCCACAUUGUGACAGAGAUGGUUAUUAUGAGAAACGCCAGUGCCAUAAAGGUGUUUGCUGGUGUGUGGACCUGAAUGGCAAUCAAAUACUGGGUACACGAACCCGAGCCACCCCACAUUGUGAUAAACUUGAUGUUAUGGGCCACCUUCGCAACCUAGUGUGAUCGCUGAAAGAAGGAAUUCUAUAGAGACUUACAGAAAUUUGAUAAAAUAAAUGUUUUAGUUAAGUACUGAAAUGGAUUUGAUCAACUGCAGUGAACUCUACAUGAAAUUUGUGGCUGUGUGCUUUAUUGAAAAUUAUUAUAAUUGUUAAUGAAAAUAAAAGAAAUUGUUAUAGAAAAGUGUUGUGAAAUAUUAA